AGGUGUGUGCAAUCAGUUGUCUCCUGCCUCCUGCAAUUCAGGGAAUAUUUUUAUACCAUUUUCUUUUCUUAUGGAAGCAAACUAAGUCAUUUUUAGAAUAAUAAGUUUGGACAGCAUGUAUGCUUUGGGAGGUGCUGCCCGCCUUCUUGGCAGAGAUUGGUUUGGUUAAUACAGCUUGACUGCUUUACUGUACCCAGUUUAUAGGCGACAGUAAGGGAGACAUUGUUUUGUUUAGAACACCAGUCGUUACAAGUAUGUAAAUAAAUUUUAGCCCGGAGUGUUGCGUUAAACAUUGCUUAGCCCCGCUUUAAUAUGAUGUCAAGCUCUCUGUGCGCUUUGGAAUUUUGGACGCUCCGGAUUUCGGGAACGCGGCUGCGCGCGAGCUCGUGGUGCUAUUCUCGCGCAGUCAACUUGCAGUCUCCAGUCCUGUGCACUUCAGACAAGAUUAUGUUUCGCAGAGGUUUGGGUUCUCUGACUCGUUUUUAGAACACUUUGGACAGGUUGGUGUGAAGCAUCGUUUCCAUAAUGUCGAGGAGGAAAGUUCGUCUCGCGCGCUCUGAGCGCACAGUGAGCGAGGACUCGGAUAUAGACAGUCUGCUGGCGAGUCUCUCUCCCGAUGAGGUGGAGGAGCUGGAGAGAGAGCUGGUUGUCAUCGACCCGGAUCCCAGUGUACCGGUGGGGCUCAGGCAGAGAAACCAGACCGACAAACAGCCGACACGUGGCUACGACCGUGAAGCCAUGCUGGUCUACUGCGAGCGCGAGACCAAGAAACUCCUAGAGCGCGAGCUGUCCUUUGAGGGGGAGGUUAAAGGUGAAGGCCGUAGACGGGAUCGGCUAAGGAGAACAAGAAGCAAAGAACAGCGGAGCUUUUCUAGGUCACACAGCCGUGAAGCAUCUGACAAGGAUGAGGCCAAAGAUGAAAAAGCACAUGUCAAAGAGGAAAAAACUUUGUACAAAAAUUGCAAGGAUGGAGAAACGAAAAUCGAGAAUGAGGUCAAUGAGACCUCUGAGAUCAAGCCAGAAUGCAGAGAAACAGAGAGAGGGAAAGAAAUGUUAUCAGUGACGAAUCUAGAAGGAGAGGUCGAAAAUAAAAAAUAUAAACAAAGGGAGGCAUCUAAGAAAGAGCAAGGUAGCAGCAAGACAUCAGAGCUCAUCUCUAAACUACAAAAAAAGGAAGAUAAUAAAGAGAAGGAGAGAAAGGACAACAGUAAGAAUGGAGAAAACUUGAGAACAAAAGGGUUGAUAUCCAAGUUACAGGGCAACAAAGAGGUAGAAAACAGGGAGAAAGAAGAAAAAGGGAAGGAGGUAGAGAAAAAAAGAGAGAGUAAAACAAAAGGACUAGUCUCCAAACUGGAGGAGCAGAAGAGCCAAAAAGAUCAUGGCAGAGUGCCAGAAAGGAGAAGCAGACUGAGAAACCUGGAGGAUCCUGUGAUAGAGAAAAAGAAAGAAAAGGAAGAGGAAAAGUGCAUUGAGAAAAGUAAACUCUACCCUGAAAGAGAUAUAACUGGAACAGAGAAAAGAAAGGACAGACUGAAACGGUGGGGAAAAGUGGAUGAGAUAGAGAUGGAGCAAGAAAGACAGAAAGAGGAAGAGAAAAAGCCAGGGAGAGGUAAAGAUGAAGGGAAAGGUGUAGUGAAGAAUGCUAAAACUCACAAUAAUGUUACUGAGACCUGCAGUAGUGGAGAUGACCAGUCUGCCAAAACAGAAGAUGAGGAAGAUUAUAUGGACAGUGAUACUGGCUCCAGCAUGUUUGAUGACCUCUUGGAGCAAGUGCGCAGUGAUGAUCCUGAACUCACCGAGCUUAACGUCAACAAUUCUGAUGUUAUCAAGACAGAUACACUGAUCCAGUUUGCUGAAGGACUUCGCAGUAACACUCACAUUAAAACAUUUGCUCUUGCCAACACAAGAGCUGACGAUCAUGUUGCUUUUGCCAUUGCUGGGACUUUACGGAACAACACUACGUUAACAGGAAUCAACCUGGAUUCCAACCUUCUCACUGGCAAAGGCAUUCUGGCUAUCAUUGAUUCUUUGCAGCACAAUGCCACCCUUAAAGAGCUUCGCUUCCACAACCAGAGACACAUCUGUGGAGGGAAGACUGAGAUGGAAAUGGCUAAGGUACUACGGGAUAAUACUUCGUUACUCAAGUUGGGUUAUCACUUUGAGCUAGCUGGGCCAAGGAUGACCAUGACCAACAUCCUUAGUCGUAAUAUGGACCGUCAGCGUCAGAAACGACUGGAAGAACAACGUCUUGUCAAGCAGGAAGCUCAUGCAAGUUCAGCACCCCCUAGUGAAGAGAAAAAGAAGCUUAUACCUGAUAAGCCCAAACUUAAGCAAACUCCACAGUCUAACCCUGUUGAGAAAAAGGAAUCUAUCCUAGCAAAAGUUUCCAAAUUUAACAAUCCCUCUUCACCCCCCAAAGCCACUCCACACCCCAAGUCCACAGCUGCCCCCCAAUCCUCCAAAGCAACAGGUAAAAAAGGUGGGCUUACAACAGAGUCAAGCCCAGGACCUCCAGCUCCUCCUCCUCCUCCUGCCCCAGUGAUGGAUAUUCAGGCACUUCGGAGGUCGUUGACCUCAGUCUCUCAGCGCAAACAAGACAGCAGCAAUGUCUCAGAACGUGGAACACAAAAAAGUUCCAGAGAUCAGUUGCUGGACUCUAUCAGGAACUGCAAUAUGAACACGCUCAAAAAAGUUGAGGUUCCUAAGUGGCUGAAGUAGCAGAUGGCAGAAAAAUCAGAAGAGGAUCGAACCAGCUUUAGUGGAUGUCCAUGAUGACAAUGAUGGAUCUGGAGUCCAAAAGCAAAUACAGUACUAUUAGAGAACUUUGGUACAUUAGAGCGAUGCUCAUAAAGUAUUAUAUACUAAAAGUUGGAUCCUUAAAGCUAUAACAGAAUUGGACUUAAAAGAUUUUUUUCUAUUUAAUAGUUCAAUUGAGGAGGUCACAAUAAUGUUUUAAAACAUGAAGAUCUUAUAAUGAGCACACAUUCUUUGUAAAUCAUAUUUUAGUUUAAUGCCUAUAUAUUCUUGAUAUAAUUAAUUUUUUGGGCUUGAAAAUUGUUGAAAUGUGGAUGUUGACUACGAAAACAAAAUUUGUCUUAAAAGGGAAAAAGGCCAUUAACUACACAUUACAACUUUGUCUCGAAUCCAGAAUAACACUAAACUGUGCAAGUCUAUGAGCUGCAUUUUGAAAAAGUCUAAGCUUGGAUGAAGUCUAAGCUGAGUUUGUAGUUCAGCCCAUUUAUAUACAGUUACAUUAACUCCUUAGGCAGACAAUUUUAUCUAUAGCAAUUUAUCUGCAUAGAUUAAGGGUCUUUCCAAAGGGCCCAACAAUGUCUCUCAAGCGGUUUUGUUCCAAAUGUCAUGAAGAAAAAAUAAUAAAAGCACCGUUGCUGUACUUAGUUGAGAUGGAUUUUUGUUUCUGCUUGCUAAAGUAUAUUAAAUGUUGCUUUUGGGGAUAAAUUGUGUAAAAUGCAGCCUAAAUGUGUGUUUGGAAAAGUGAUUUAGAGUUUAGAAUUACUGUUUCAUUUUUUUUUUCCUGUAAGACUGGUGGAUAAUUGAAGAUAAUAAUAAUGAUAAUAAUAAUAAUAAACAACUUUAAUUAAUAAAGCGCCUUUAAAAGCAGCUUCUCAAAGUGCUGUACACAAAAUAAGCAGUACACAGAAAAAUAAAACAUAAAAGUUAAUAAGAACAACAGUGUUAAUAAUAAUACUACUAAUAAUACUACUAAUAUUAAUAAAAGAAGAUAUCAGAAGUCAAAUGCAAGUUUAAAAAACUGUGUCUUAAGUAGAGCUUUAAAAAUGCCAAAAGUCUGAGCUGCCCUGAGUUCAGGUGGAAGAGAGUUCCAAAGUGAAGGAGCAUACACAGAAAAAGCCCUGUCACCCAUAGAUUUUAGGCGGGUUUGUAGAACAGUUAACAAAUUGCACCGUGAGGAGCGCAGUCUGCGAUUUGGGGUGUAAGGGAUUAAUAAACCAGAUAAGUAAUGCGGAGCCAAGCCAUGUAGUGCCUUGUAUGUCAACAUCAUAAUCUUAAAAUCGACACGGAACCUGACCGAGAGCCAGUGUAAGGACUCCAAAACAGGAGUAACAUGUUUACAUUUCCUGGUACUUGUCAGGAUCCUGGCGGCAGAGUUUUGAACAUAUUGCAAUUUGUUGAUUGUGGAUAUAGAAACUCCGGCUAAAACGGCGUUGCAGUAAUCCAGCUGAGUAACAACAAAUGAGUUUCAGUUUUUCAGCUACAGACAAGUUUAGCAUUGGGCGCAGUCUAGCUAUAUUUCUGAGGUGAAAAAAGGAUGCCUUCAUAGUGCUCUGAACAAAAGAAUCAAAUGUGAG